AGUUUCACAAAUCCCGGAGGGACCCUAAGGAUGAGGUACUGCGUAUCACGCAACCUAUCCAGGGUAUCAUGCCACAGUCGACGACAUCUCAUUAGUGUGACGUGUUAACUGUGUGUCUAAUCGAGAGAUGACACUUACAAAAACAUAUGUAUUCUAAAGUUAUCUCAUCUUCGAAGGGCGGCGCGUCUACAACAGCUGGCGGGAACAGCGGACUGGUGAAGGGACUUUGUUUACUGUUCAUUGUAUGGUCAUGUUUAUUGGUUUUGCGAGUACAAUGUACAAUUGGGCAUAACUUUAUCGUUCAAUGUUCAGCCACAAUGAUGAAGCUGCGAGUAACUUUUAUAAUGCGAUUGGUACGUGGACAAUCUUCCUGCGUGCAGAGUCGUCAGACCUUAGAAACAGUGACGGCAUCUUUUUGGUCUUUCAAAAGUUGGACAAUCGUAUCGAUACAUCCGCUAUAUCCAAUUGCAAUCUACUACUCCCGUUUAGAACAACUCGCCAAGAAAACAGGAGUGUUAAGACGAGCGAAGAGGCUGGCAAGCUUUUAUUCACGAGGCGUGAUGACUCAAGGUUCAAACUUACAGCUUGAAGGAGUGCCGACUCAUUCGGUGUUCAUUCUGUAUGGUGCACGAAUCAGAUCAGGGAUUCCAUCCUAAUAGAUGACACCGCGGACACUGCUUAUGACCUCAACCGUGACAGUACAGCCUGAGAAUGCACUCACACCAUCAUCAUCACGGGGCUAUCCAUAACA